AUGCUGCCGGAAGCCCACGCACAAGCGAAAUGGCUUGGCCGCCCCUGCUUUGCAGCGGGUGGAUCGCAACUUGCCUUGUCACCAGCGCCAACUGCCAGCACUUUGUGCCCCUCACCCUGUGUCCUCUGUAUUCUCGACAGACUUUACAACAGAAGAUGGGCCGUUCACGCCACUCUUUUUGCAAUUUUCCAAACCCUCGCCUUCCCAUGGAUCGAAUCCCGCGGUGCUGGGGGCCCCUGCGCUCCGAGACGAUGCACGUCACGUGCCGGCCACUACGGAUGGCUGUUUGUGCGCGGCGCGAAGACGGUUGCGCCCGCGCUCGGGACUCGAUUUCUCCUCACGCCUCCAGCUCGUCUACCCACACAGCAUUGUUCCCGUACACAAGUCCAGACACCGGCUCGCGCGUCUAGUAUGCCGUCUUCACACUUCGGCCUCUUCCAUCUCUCGUCAAUUCAUCUCGUCGUCGCCCUUUGA